AUGACGGGAGACUACUUGUUGGUUCGGUUUGGUGUGCUCAACACCCUGGGUGAGGUCCUGUUGGGUGAAAUUGUGGUGAGCGUUCUCCUAAUUACGCUUCAAGGUUUGGCAGUCGUGUUCCAAUUCGGCAUUCUUGGUAUGAAGGUGGUCGUAGCCCUCCAUCAUCUUCGCGACAUCGGCAUGAAGACGAUCCACUUAGGCUUGGAGGUGCUCAUCGGUCGAAAGUUUCCUUCCGGAGGGCUCCCCAUGAGGGGGUAUGAUGUUAGGUAUCAAGGCUAG